AUGGAGAACAACAACAGGAAGAGGCGCAGAGACGAAGAUACUGCUGUGAGCGAGACAGUCGUGUUACUAUCCGACGAAGAAACGACAGCAACCACGGAGAAGAGGACUAGUCAACCAUCCUCGUCGUCUCAUACCAUCCAGUGCUGUGUUUGCAUGGACGAGUUGAAAAACGCAGUAGCAACCCCCUGCGGUCAUAUUCUCUGCUCGGAGUGCCUCUUUGAAGCAUUAGCAACAUCGCAUAUGGGACAACGUGGCUCUGAGAUAAGGGGUGGCCUCUGUCCUGUUUGCAGACAACGGGUCUUAUAUAAAGACAUUGUGCCUUUAAAAGUCCGUUUCAGAAAGAAAGUGUGA